AUCUCCCUUUCCCGUCCCAAUAACAAUCAUUGAAAACGAACAGCAACCCCUCCAAAGAUUGUUACUUCGCCAGGCCUCUAUUUUCACCAAACCGAGCGCACCAUGACAGAAUUACGACAGCGAGGAGCGACGGAUAAAGAGCUGAAGCAUCAACACUCGGAGGAUAAGGGCUCUGAGACAGAGAGUAAGGAGAGAGAUGGAGCUUCAGACAGUGAGACGAAACCAGAGGUUCCUGUUUCUGCCGAUGACACACCAGAGGUUCUCAAUAAAGCCCUCUCAGGCCUUUCUUCACGAUGGAAGAACUGGUGGGUGAGGGGCAUCCUGACUCUAGCCAUGAUCUCCUUCUUCUUUUUCAUUAUUUAUCUGGGGCCGAUGGUGCUGAUGAUGAUUGUGCUGUGCGUUCAGAUCAAGUGUUUCCAGGAGAUCAUCACAAUUGGUUACAGUGUGUAUCACUCUUAUGACCUGCCCUGGUUCAGAACACUAAGCUGGUACUUCCUGUUGUGUGUGAACUACUUCUUCUAUGGGGAAACAGUGACUGAUUAUUUCUUCACUCUGGUGCAGCGGGAGGAGCCUCUCCGAAUCCUCAGCAAAUACCAUCGCUUCAUUUCAUUUGCCCUGUACCUCACAGGGUUCUGCAUGUUUGUUCUGAGCCUGGUGAAGAAACACUAUCGCCUACAGUUUUACAUGUUUGGCUGGACUCAUGUGACCCUGCUGAUCGUAGUGACUCAGUCCCACUUAAUCAUUCAUAACCUAUUCGAGGGGAUGAUCUGGUUUAUCGUGCCCAUAUCCUGCGUUAUCUGUAAUGACAUCAUGGCCUACAUGUUUGGCUUCUUUUUCGGUCGCACCCCUCUCAUCAAGUUGUCUCCUAAGAAGACAUGGGAAGGGUUUAUCGGUGGCUUCUUCUCCACUAUUGUUUUUGGAAUUCUACUGUCCUAUGUGAUGGCAGGUUACAGCUACUUUGUGUGUCCGGUAGAGUUCAACAACGACUCCAACAGAUUCACUGUGGACUGUCAGCCAUCCGAGCUAUUCCAGCUUCAAGACUACAACCUGCCAUCUGUACUUCAGUCCAUCACGGGCUGGAGCACGGUGAAGCUGUACCCAUUCCAGAUCCACAGCAUCGCCUUGUCUAGUUUUGCCUCCAUCAUGGGACCCUUUGGAGGCUUUUUCGCCAGUGGCUUCAAAAGGGCCUUCAAAAUCAAGGACUUUGCAAACACCAUUCCAGGUCAUGGAGGGAUCAUGGACCGAUUCGACUGUCAGUAUCUCAUGGCCACAUUCGUAAAUGUUUACAUCGCAAGCUUUAUCAGAGGGCCAAACCCUUCGAAAGUCAUCCAGCAGCUUCUUGCUCUGAGACCAGACCAACAGCUUCACAUCUUCAACUCGCUCAAGGCUCAUCUGACAGAGAAAGGCCUGCUUCCUGCCCUGGAAGAAGCAGCUUAAAUUCUGGGACCACCAGGGACAUCCCACCAUAGACAGAGAGAGGAGAGUUAAACGGAAGCAGAUCCAGGCAUGUAUGCAAGUGGGAGAUGAGGAACAAAAGAAGGGAAACAACGGAAAACUGAACUACAAACCUUGGGUCAUUCCAUUUUCUGUGUGCGUGUGUGUGCACGCAAAUCAGUGUUUUUGCUUGUUAUUUUAUUUUUUUGUGAACUUUGUUUAUCUCUUACGCCACAAAAGAAUAUUAUAUAUAUUGAGAUGCCAUUGUUGUUACAGUUCUUUGUUAGUUGAGCUGUUUAUUUCCACUUGUGUACAAAUGUUCUGUACCUAUAGAUUGUCUGCAUAUUUUAUAGUGUUUAUUAUGUUUUACAUUGAUUUUAAUGCACUGCUCAUCACACUGUCAUUUCAAACUCAGGCUAGCCUUUAUUUUUCGAUGAAUAGAGUAUCUAUACCCAGUUAAAGUUCCGUGAAGCAUUGCCAUUCCAAUGCAGUGUCAUAAAUUCAUGUUUUCACUUGAGGAAAAUGGUUAUCAAACAUGUUUCUGCUCAGUAGGUGGUGAUGGUUACAGUUCAGCUGUGUGAGACUGUACAUAUACUGCUCCUCCUGAAGGUAAAGAUUCCAUUCUUUUGUGUUCAGGAGGAAAUUCAGGCCUUGUCAGACUACAGUUAUGUAGCCCUGUCUUUGUUUUUGUAAGCCAAAUGAAUGGGUUUUAACUUUAGUUGUAACUGUGUUACGCAUAGUUAAAUAAUUUGUUGUUACUCAGCACUGAUAAGAGAUGUGAGAUGUUCACAAACAUUUCACACUGAAUGUUACAUUUCAGAAAUUAUUGUUCAAGCUCUAAAUCAGAUUUUUAUUGUUUCUAGUUUUAUUGUAAUUGUAGACGUAACAGUUCGAAUCUUAUUUAAGAACUUUCAUUGUUUCUGUGUUUGUAAACUGUUACAAGUUAGUUGGUAAUUAUCAGGGAGGGCAUUGGUUGGGUUUUGGUUUUCAUGCUUAUUUCGUAUGACAAAAGAUAAUGUCUUUGGUACCAUUUUCACUGCAUGAGACCAAGUCUUCCUCAUAUUUUGUGAUCCAUCUGUUGAGUUCUUACCAUCAGCUACUGUAAAAACUCAAUCCAAAAUCAGUGUCGGAACUGUUUUGUGUUUUGCUUAAGGUAUUUUAUUCUCUUUUAAUAUGUUAGACAUUGACAUGUGCCAUAAACAAUAUUUCAUGAAAAAAAGUGAGUGUCAUCGAGCAGCUUUAAAAAGUAGUGGAUAAACAGUAAAGUGUUUGAGGUUGUAAUAGGCUCAGUUUAGUCUGUAAGCCACAGUCUAUGUACAGUCCACUGCCAUACAUCAAUAAAGAUCCAUGAGCACAUCA